UCACAGACGUGGGGGAGAGGGACCGACUGGGAUUUGGUAUUGUGAAAAACGACUUUGGGAGGUAAGGGAAUUUUCCAUGUAGGCUGCAAAAAUCAACAUCUAGAUACUUCAGUCUCCCAAUGGAUCCUGGAUAACGUCAAACCCCUCAAACCUCCGAUCACAUCUCCAGCCGUUUCGCAAGACCAUGCAUACCGACGUGGCUCUGCCUGACCGUCUCAAAUGAAUUCUACCGAGCCAGAUCUCUUCAAUGCAACCCAUUCCGCCAACAUGUCCAACGGGACCUGCAACCUCCCCCUGGACACGGACUGCUUUGGGUUAACCUGCAUCUACGGCCUUAUCUUCUCCAUCGGCCUGCCCAGCAACCUCCUGUCCUUAUGGGGACUCUACCAUCUCGGUCGGUCGGGCGGGGGAGGAUGCCAGCUCGUCUACAUCCUCAACUUACUUUUAUCGGACCUGCUUCAACUUUUAACGCUACCUCUUUGGAUUCUGUACCUGCGUGGUGGUCACCGGUGGCCUUACGGACAGCUCACGUGCGAACUGGUGGGCUAUGUCUUUUACGUCAACGUGUACGCCAGCGUCAUGUUCCUGUGCCUGAUCGCGCUGGACCGCUGCCUGGCGAUCGUGUACCCGCUGAGUAGCCGGCGGGUGCGUACGGUCCGGGUGGCGGCGGCGAUGGGAAUAGCGGUGUGGAGUUUGACCUUUUUGUUCUGCCUGUGCGGGCUGCUGCCGUCGGUGUUCGAUGAGGAGAGGUUGCUGUGUCUGGAGCAGUAUCCCGUCACGUCCAGGUUCGCUCACUUCAUGAUCACGACGGUGGUUCUGGGGUUCAUGCUGCCGUGUGGAAUUCUGGGCUACACAUCCGCCCACAUCGGAGUCACCCUCAGACGCUCGCCCUCCCUCUCCGCUCACGAACGCCGCAAAAUCGUGGGAAUCCUCGUGGUCAUCACCAUCAACUUCAUCGUGGUGUUUGGGCCGUACCAUCUAGUGGGGGGUUACCGGUUCGUGUCCCUCCUCUUCGCCGAUGAGCCGUGCGGAUUGGAGCGUUCCAUUUUCUUGGUCUACCGUCUUUGCUACGGACUGACCAGUCUGAACACGUUACUGGACCCUCUGUUCUACAUCUUCCUGUGCGCGGACGCCAGGCUGGAGCUGCAGAGGUCGCUGUCGAGCUUGAGAAAGAGGGCCAAUACCAAGAUGAAGUCCGAUUCCACAGUUCAAACCAUUUCGCACCAAAGAAGGGUGGGGCAGAAUCUUAUUCCGAUAUAG